AUGGUUUCUGCCGCUGCCUCGCUGACCACUUUUCGUUGGGUCACGUCGCUCUCCCUGCUACUGCUCGUCGUGGCUCAUUUCAUCGGCUCCGGAGCGGCCGCAGAUCAGCCCGGAGCUUUCGUGUACCGAGGCCCAAACGAUGAUCCUGAAUUGUCCAAGGCUGUCGGUGAGCUGCUUGAGUCGUCUCCUCGCAAGUUUUCAGUCAAGUAUGUUGGCCCCGACGACAUAACUGCUAAUAGCCUGGAGUCUAUAAAGCUUAUUGCCUUUCCUGGCGGUCCCGAUCUUCAGAGCUCGUGGGCCGAGAUUGAGCCCGUGGCGCAAGACAUCCGGGACUUUGUCGCUAACGGUGGCCGCUACCUUGGUUUCUGUCUAGGCGCGUACCUCGCUGGUCACUCGCCAGGUCUUGCUCUCCUACCUGACGGCACUGACAUUACUCCUGAGAGUGACGAAAAGGACGCGCAAGUUAAAGAUGCCAGGGAUACGGUAAUCCAGGUCGACUGGCAAUUUAGUUCUGGUCCGAAUAUGGGCAAAACGGUAAAUAACCGCUGGGUGUACUUCCAGGAGGGGAGUGUUGUCAAAAGUUUCGUCGAGAAUGAUACCAGCCAUGUCCUUGCGCGGUACUCCUCGACUGGCGAUGUCGCUGCGACCAUCAACAAGUAUGGCCAGGGAUUGGUUGGCACAACCGGGCCGCAUCCAGAGGCGAAUCAAUUAUGGUUUGAUUCGGCGAAAGUCAGGGCAAUUGAUGGCUUGCAGUUUAAAAUUGGCUAUGAUCUAAUUGAAGCCACUAUGACCGGCGGCAAAAACGUCAAGGGGCUACCGUUUUCUAGGCUGACCAAAGGGAAUAGAACUGGAACUAAUACAAGGUUUGUGGCAAGUGCCGGCAGUAGACCGAGAAAUUUAGUUCGCGGUCUGUUUCAAAGCUAG